AUGUGCGUGUCUUUCCACUCCCCGCCCCCUCCCCAUGUUGGACACACACAGCUCACCUUCCACAUCCCCCUCCCACCCUUCCCACCCAUGCACCAUCCCCUAUCCCCACGCCCCCCUCUCACCAGGUUUUCGUAUGCUCACCUUCCACAUCCUGCUGCUCUCAUCACACCAUCUCCUCUCCCCUUCUCUCCUUCCCCCACCCCAACAACCCCCCCCCAACCCCCCCCCCCCCCUCUGCCUUCCCCCGUGGGCAGGUGGACGUACGCGAUGACGAUAAUGAUGCUCACCUUCCACAUCCUGCUGCUCUCCACGUACCGCAACCCCGAGAAGCUGCUGCUGCCGCUGGCGCGCUUCUCCAUGAUCGUGCUGGGCUUCCUCAUCGCCGCGCUCAUCAACCUCGCCCUCUUCCCCGCCUACGCCGGGGACACGCUGCACGCGCUGCUCUCCAAGAACUUCGACUCCGCUGCCACUCUGCUCUCCAGGUGGGCGGCACACUGCUCUCCAGGUGGGCGGCACUCUGCUCUCCAGGUGGGCGGCACUCUGCUCUCCAGGUGGGCGGCACUCUGCUCUCCAGGUGGGCGGCACUCUGCUCUCCAGUCUGUGCUCCUAGUUCUUGUUCUUGUCUCCCCUGGUGUGCUCUGCUGCUUACUUCUCUUAGAUGAGCUCUGUGCUCCCUCACACACCUCUGCCUCCUAA